AUGGUUGUGGGUGCCGAAAUGGGUGAAGCUGCCGAUAUUCGUGUACCUGACGUUCCACUUGCAUAUUUGGACGAUGAAGUUGAAAAUGCGACUAAAUCCAAUAAUUCGUUAGUUUUUUUUAUUUUGUUAUUCAUUGUUUACUGA